AAAUGCAUAUGAUAUCACGAUAAUACAUAUAUUGGGAGUUGCAACAUACGCCACUUCGAUCUGGACGCAUUCCGAGAGACCUACUCGACCUAUCAAUCAUCCAAGCUGAUCAACUCACAUGCUGCAAUGGUGUAGAAUAGAGUUGGUUCAUGAACCGAUGUUAUGCCCGAGAUGAUAUCUCGUCUGCAGCAUCUUGCCACAGCCUAUAUAUGAUGGCUGAGAUACUGUAGGAGGGUGGUGUCAUCUUGGCGUUUGAAAUCAAUAUAAUUCCUAGCGUACUCACCGUUUUCUGCACGAACAUGGACCAGAGUAUUCCACCAUCCAAUACUCAUGAUGGCAGUCUUCAAGUUGAAUAUCAUUCUCAGCUUAGCAGUUCUGAGCAUAGCUUUUGCUCUCGAACAUGGUCAGACAAAUCAGCAUCGUCUCGGGCCAGAAAAGAUCCCCGUCCAUGAGAUCCCUAGCUUCGGCAGUCAUAGAUAUCGUUGCGAUCAAUCUCAUGCACUAGACCCUUCCGACGACGGGUUACUAAGCUCACAAGAUGUGUUCUCCGGUUUAGAUGCAAUUGAUACUCUUGUCAAACGCCACCGACCACUUGUCCAGAUCCCCUCAAUUUGCUAUGAUGAUCUUGGGGACGUUGAUGACGAUAAAAGAUGGGAACCCUUCAAUAAGAUUCCCAAUGUCUUGAAAGAAUCAUACCCGAACAUACAUGAGAUCGCCACGAUUGAGAUAGUGAACAAAUUCGGACUCGUCUACCAAAUCUUCGGCUCCGAUGAAGGACUAGCUCCAAUACUUCUGACUGCACAUCAAGAUGUCGUACCUGUUGAAGAAGCGACUAUAGAUCGGUGGGGAUAUCCACCGUUUGACGCAUUCUACAACGAGACGGAUGGAUUUCUCUGGGGUCGUGGCGCAUCUGACGACAAAUCCAGAAUUACAGCUUUAAUGUCUGCCAUGGAAGCACUUCUUUCCCAGAAAGACUAUGAACCUCGCCGCUCUGUCAUCUUCGCUUUCGGUUUCGAUGAGGAAUGCUCUGGCUAUCGUGGAGCCGGUGAGAUUGCGAAGUAUUUGGAGGAGCAGCACGGUGAAGGUGGUUUCGCCGUAAUUCUCGACGAGGGCGGCGCGGGCUUGCAGAACUUGGACGAUACCCUAUAUGCCCUUCCCGGCGUGUAUGAGAAGGGUUAUCUGGAUGUUUGGUUUGAUCUAGAUGUGAUCGGGGGGCAUAGUUCCGUGCCUCCCCCGCAUACCGCCAUCGGAAUGAUAUCGGAGAUCGUCACUGGUCUGGAAUCCAGUCCGUUUGAGCCCAAAAUCAUGUGGGAGAGUCCUGUACAUCAAGCUCUGAUCUGCUUGGCGCGCUAUUCGCCUUACGCCCUUCCCGACCUUACCAACAUCAUCUACCAUGGCGAUCUUGACGCAGCCGCUCAUUACUUGGCAUAUGCAUCGUCUAACACACAGUACUUCAUCCAAACAUCCCAGGCGGUUGACUGGAUUGCUGGGGGAGAAAAGAUUAACUCUCUACCCGAAUUUGUGACCUUGGGAGUCAAUCAUCGAAUUGCACCACAGGACACCAUCGGCAGUGUUCAAUAUCGUGUGGCAAAGUUGGCUGAGCGUGUUGCAAGAAAAUAUUCACUUCAGUUACGAGCUUUUGAGGAUGAUGACGACUAUAGGAGGUAUCUUGCUGCUGAAGGGAUCUCAUCCGAGGAUGACAAGGCACAUCAUCAAUGGAAACCAACCUACAAUGGCACACUCACUUUACGAUCCGGAAAGAAAUCCCACGUCACACCACAGACUCCUACCAGCGGGCCGAUAUGGGAUAUAUUCGCCGGUACAGUGCGUCAUACGUUUGCUAAAGAAGCCUCACGCGUCAUUGCGGCCCCAGGGGCCAUGACAGCCAAUACUGAUUCUCGCCAUUACCUUAACCUAUCAAAACAUAUCUACAGAUGGAGUCCCGGAAGUCUUGCAUCGUUUGGCAAUAUCCAUACCAUCAAUGAGCGUGUUCAGCUAGGUGAGCUGUCGAAUAUGGCCAAGUUUUACUACGAUUUCAUUCGGAAUUUCGAUCAGGCAGAUAUUUAGGACUCCUGAUCUUGGAAGAAGAGCGAGCGUAUUGACGGGUGGUAUGGGAAGGGCUUGCGUAUGUGGGAUAUAACUCUAGUCACGAUGUGGAAGACAGUGACAUGUUGUUAAAACAGGGGGUUUCGGAGGUGUAGCUAGGUAGGGCUUAGCUAUCUGUAGCGGCCCCUAUUGCUGCUAUUGCUUCUACCUACCUAGGUAGGUAUUGCUGGGGUAGGUACUUGAGUAUGAAUAGUAACCAUUAAUUUACAUUCUUUGCAUGGCCG